AUGCCCAUGUACUGUAUGUUUUCACCACUAUAAUUGAUACACACCUACUCUCUUGUUUUCCUGCCCUCUGAACACACCUAUCGGAAAACAGGGCUCAACCUUCACAAAGAGGUCUGAUCAGGAGUUUAAUUGGCUUAAAAACAACAACGGUCAUUUUGGUAGGAGCAGAAUAAACACAAAGACGUCAACGAAAAGUAGACAUAAGCAACCGGAUAUGAAAGCUGAGUCAAGGUAACUCGUUGGAAAAUUACAGGAAAGCUGAGAGAAUCAUUUUUGUUAAAGUGGAAAUCGUCAAAGCGAAGAACCAAGAAGGUGUUUUGUUAAAGCAGAUGAUUGUCCACCUUAUGAGUCUGAUUAUGCUUGAGGUUUUUCCACUGUUGAAGUUCCUUCUGAUCGGUGGGUUUUAUUGAAUCUCUUUAAAUAAUAUAACAAAGAACUGUAGAUGUAGUGUGUCAUUAUAUCAGCAGCGUCAUGUUUAGUGUCCUCUUGCCUCCCUGCCUUGUUCCACUGAAUCACCUAAUUUGCAUUUCUGCCAUUUCCCCUCCCUGUCUGUCCAGGGUGUCCACACGGAAACCAGGAAGUCAACAUGAGCAGUCUCUCCUCCGACAAGAAGCCUAUUGUUGAUUAUGGAGUUCAGAUCCGCUUCAUUAAAGACCUCCAUGACACAGGCGGGGGCUAUCCUGAUAAAUCCAAAGGAAACAACACUACAGCUUCUCCCUCCAAUAAGUACGGGGUGGCAGUGCGGGUUCAGGGGAUCUCUGGGCAUCCUUAUGUGGUCCUGAAAGACGGCGAGAAAGGUGACUCUUACGGAGUUCAGCUAAACACCACCAGCCCCACCUCAGGGCCGCCUUCGCCUAGCAACAGCCUCCCAAAAAUAAAUAAAGAGCCAGCAGAAGUAGCAAACCCCUACAGCCCUACUGUGAAUGUAACACACUCCCCUGUUUCUGCAGCAGAGGAUGAGGACGGGGAGAUUUUUGGAAGUCCUCUUAAAAGACCUCCAGGGGACGGUCAAGCGGGAACACAAGGAGAGGAGGAGAGUGGCAGGAGUAGAGACAGACAGGCCACAAAUUCAAAAGCCGAUCUCAAAGGAGCGUCUGUGGAAGCAGAGAAAAGCACAAAUAAGGAGGAGUAUAAUGAAGCAGGGCUAAAACGAGUCAAAGUAAACGGUGUGGGACCCAGAGGGUUCAAACAAACCGGAUCUGGUUUUUCUGGCUCUUUAGGGAGACAUGUUACGAAAAGUGCAGAUUCGCUUAUAGAGUCAAAACCUUCAACAUCAGCGUCUGAGGAGCCGGUCCCAGUGAUCGACACCAACUCGCUGGCUCCAAUCAACAAGCUCAUCAGUAAAUUCAACAGUGGAACUCCAGGCGGCGCCCCGCAGACGAGAGGCCGCUCUGGAGCGAGGCAGAGACUGAGAUUCGAUGAGCGCAGGAGAUCCAGGAGUCUCGACGCCAGAAAAGAUGUUCAACCUGAGGAUUCCCCUCCCUCUCCAACUCCAAAUCCCUACGCUGUUCCUUUGUCGACCUCCUACAACUCGAUGUCAUCAUCCAGCCUGGGAAGGAACUCUGGAUCAGUCGCCAAGGUGACAGCCCCGGAGGCCCCUAAGCCCAGCUUUAAGUCGCCAGGGAGGUUUGUUGCCAAGGACCCCUCUCCAGCUGUAGCAAAAAAGCCUGUAAGUACCAGUGAUUAUGAGAUUAUGAGUUAUUUGCAGGGUUUAGAUUGCCUCUUUGUUUUGCGUCCUACUUUGUUUAUGUUCUAUUUCCAGGAGAUACCUCCAAGGAGCCUGAGUCAAAGCGCCGCAGUCAUCAACGGCGAGGAAGCCCAAGUUAGGCAGGCUAUUUACAACAUCCUCAAAGAUGGGUAAAUAAACCACAAUCUGGACACACUAGAUGUCUGCAGUCAGUGUAACUUCAAAUGGAUUUGUGUGAUAUCUAAUCCUCUGUUCACUGUUUCCUGAGCAGCUCCAGUGAAAGUGAGGCGACCCUCAAAAGAAAAGUCAACCUCGUGUGUGAGACUACAGGCAGUUUAAAGGUAAGAAAAGAAAACACUCAAUCUCCAUUAGGGCUGGGCAAUUUGGGAAAAGUUAAUCACAAUAUAUUUUUUAUAUUAUUCGAUAUAUCAAUAUAUCAGGAUAUAAAAAAAAACCUUGUCAAUCUUAAAUGUUCCCUGUAACUCUUAAAUGAAAUUUAACAGUGCUUAUUGGUAGCAUGUCUUUUGCAAUGCAAUAAGCUACUGCAUCUGUGAGGUCUUUGUGUCUCUUUGACGUUUUGUCGUAAGGUGUUGCGCUAGAGAAAGCGGACUGAAUGGUCGGUUCAGCGCAGCAUGACCCUGGAGCAACUCCCCUUUUCAUUGGCUAUUAAUAUAGUCCAACAAAACAUGGCAAAAUGCUGACUAUCAAAAAACAUAUUGACCUCGUUUCAUUUUGAUAUCGAGGUAAAUUAAUUUUUGAUAUAUAUCAUUAUCAUUUUAUCGACCAGCCCUAAUCCCAAUAUGUCUUUUACUUUAAACAGUUCAGGGAUUGCCCUCCUGACAUUGUCAAAGCCAAGGCAGUUUGUGUCGCUUUUUGUCAGUUUUCUUCAAUUUGCUUGAUGUCUCUUUCACUGUAGAUGCAAGUCUUGUAUUUUAAUGCGUGUCUUUAAAGAACAAGUACUGAGCAACACCACUAGAUUGUUAGCUUAGCCUAACUAAGGAUUUAAAAUAAUAGAUCAGGCUAAAAGACAAGAUCAUCAGUGCAUUCCCUCAGGUAAAAGCAAUUGAACAACAUCUCCUCCUUCUGCACGGCUAGUAGGAGAAUUUAUUAGAUCUGAUUUGCAACUUUCUAAACUGAAGGGUUCACGAAAAACUACACAACUCUUUUGUUGCUGUAGAUAAAUUUAGACAUUAUGGAAUGAAUAAAUAGCACACAAAUACAGUUAGCCUUUGCAUUGUGUGUUGAAUACAAGGUUGGAAAGAAUUGUUUUUUGGGAUCUUUUCAACAGAGCAGCUAACAGAUGGUGGGCAGGCUGCGUUCUUUUCUGAGGACACGAAGUUUCUAUUUCAUUCACUUUGUCUCCCAGGAUCAUCUUUCUGCACACUAAAACGUGAAAAACUUCAGCGCUACAGUGCUGAGUUUGCCACUUUCAUUUAUGGUGCCACCUUUGCUCUUAUUAAAAUGUUUUUUCACGAACACGAGCACACUACUUGUUUUACAUUUGCAUCCUUUUGCAUAAAUCUACAUACAGAGUUUAUCCCUCUGUGUCAUUAGCUUCUCAUAUUACGCACACUUUAUUAUGUAUGACCCCUUGUUAAGCACUUCUCGGUGUGUUUGUGUGAAUCAUUCGCCCGUCUUGUCUCUUGGCAACCAUGCACCUGCAGAAGAGAGCUGUUUUGAGGGCUCAGUGUGUGUUGAGGGCGCAGUCAUUGAGAACCAUCAAUAAUUGAGUCGUACUGGAACCCUGCACCAGCUGGGGGUAGUCUUUGUGGGUAGGACAGAUCCUUCUUAGAUGGGUCUCGCUGUAGAGAAUUUCUGUUUUGUUUUUCAUAGUACUCACCAUGUUGUCCAUUUGAUAAGAUUUAGCAGCUGAUAUCUCCUCCAGAAGUCAUCCCAGGCUCUUCAGAAGUGAUAAAAGCUGCUUAAACAUCCACAUCGAGCAUCAAACUGCAGCUUUUUUUUCUUUCCUGCCUGAGGCUAUUUCUUCUCCAACCCUGGCUCCCAACCAAAACAUUGCUUUUGUCUAUUCAAAGCCAAAAACAUCACAUCAGAGAAGGAUCAGAUGAGUGUUUGUUGUAAACAGCUCUGCCGAGGACGGUUUUAAGGCGUUUGUGAUAAAAAAACGAUGUCCUGAUGAAUCGACUGACACAUGCUCAGCAUUUUAUUUCACAGUUAUUUUGAACCUGAAGCGUUAGCAGGAUUCACAUCUCCACAGAUCCACUACUUUUCCACAGCUAUAUAAAUAUGUGUGACUGGGAUAAUGCUGUGUUAACACUGAAUAUGUGUCAGUGGGAGAAGGAUUGAGUCAUUGCACUGACACCCUGUUUGUCCCCUGCUUAACUGAGGAUCAGAUGCUGGUUUACUGGGUUACCUCAGUCCAAUACAGGGAUGUAUGUGAGGAGUGUGAGCGCUGACUGAUGAUGUUUGUUAAACAAAAAAGGGACUGGAGGAGAGCUUAUUUACUGCCCUUCUGGCUUGUUACCACAUGGAAACUAAGCUACUGGUAUCAGGAAUAACAUGUUGCUUUUUUUAACCAGAUUAGCACUUCUCAGGUAGUUUCAUUUUCAUGUAUUCAUAAGAACCAUUUGAGUCUUUCCUAUACUAUACAAGUUAAGGUCCCACUCUUGUCUUCUUUUUUAAUAGUGUGACUUUUAUGUAAAGCUGCAUCCAGGUUAUUAUUUUAAUUGUCUGAAUAAGAUGCUAAUAAGGUAGAAAUGCUGUAGAGCAGGAAGGGGCAGGGGGAGUGUCUUGACAGUCAGGGCAAUAGACUGUAUAUAGAAUGGACCUGCAUCCUCUCUGGGUGAAGCCACUCCAAGAACAGCACCCUCUGGUGACAGGCUGCAGUAUAGGUCAUAAAUCCCGCCUCCUCCAGCAAUCCCUAUGGAGCUGUGGACAAACUUUAGAAAUUUAUUACACAGAAUAUAAAUUUUUUUCUCCCCCCUGUUUGCGAUGUUGACAUGUAGUUAUUGUAAGACUGGUUUUUGCUCAAGUCCUCUUUUUUUCUGUGCAGCUCCAUUUUUAAAAGUUAUUAGGGGGGUCCUUGUUUUCUAUGAUUGACACCUGAUACAGCCUAUGCGCAUACGAAGAUUGCGUAGCUCACCCGGGGGAUACACUGUUUCAUCUGAGCGUUAUCACAGCGACUCUCGGCGACUCUCCCGCCGAGUUCGUACAAUGCUACAGCGCAAGUGAUGGAGUGCGUACAACGCUAUUGCGCGAUGUUGGUUUCAGGAAGUAGAGAAAAAAACGCAAAAAACCAAGAGCUUUUCGGCUUCAAAUCCGUAUACUGGCGGAAGGCGGAACCAAGUUGUCCAUAGUAUAUACAGUCUAUGGUCAGGGCCUAGUAGCCUUAAGGCUGCUCUAACAUCUAGUAUUAUUUCCAGGAUUGCACGGCCAGCCUGAAAUGCAAAGUUUGGUUUUGCCACAGUGUUUACCAAGCAACAACACUAAUGGAGGCUAAUGUUUUUGCCUCAGUGUCAACAGGCAGAGGUGAAAUGUGGACUCUUUACAGCACAUUGGUUUGAGAGGUUGUUCUCUGAGUUGUUGAAAACUGCCAAAAUUAUGAGGGUUUGAACAACCAGAAUCAAGUAUUUCACAGAGCUAGGUAAAAAUAUGUAGCGGCACUUAACAGUUUCGUAUUUUCUUAGGAGCCUGAAUGGAGAAUACGAUAAGAUACGAUACGAUACGAUACAAUGUGAUACGAUAUGAUAUGAUAUGAUAUGAUAUGAUACGAAACUAAAUGAUAUGAUAGGAUACGAUACAAUGCGAUACAGUACGAUACACUUAGAGAAAUUUGUCUUGGACUCCAAGACAGAUCUGCACAGAUAAAGCUGCCAACUGAUGACACAGAGUACUCGACCUAACAAAGACACUGUCACACAACCCACACACAUUGCACAUACACACAUUGCACAUACACAUACACACGUGGACAAAAUUGUUGGUACCCCUCAGUUAAAGAAGGAAAAACCCACAAUUCUCACUGAAAUCACUUGAAACCUACAAAAGUAACAAUAAAUAAAAAUUUAUUGAAAAUUAAAUAAUCAAAAUCAGCCAUUACGUUUGAAAUGUUGAUUAACAUAAUUAUUUAAAAAAACAAACUAAUGAAAUAGGGCUGGACAAAAAUGAUGGUACCUCUAUAAAAGAUUGAAAACUAUUUGACCAGAGUGACAUGAUUAACUCAGGUGUGUCCUUUAAUUGACAUCACAGGUGUUUCCAAACUCAUAAUCAGUCAGUCUGCCUAUUUAAAGGGAGACAAGUAGUCACUCUGCUGUUUGGUGAAAAGGUGUGUACCACACUGAACAUGGACAACAGAAAGCGAAGGAGAGAAUUGUCCCAGGACGUCCGAAAAAAAAUUAUAGACAAACAUCUUAAAGGUGCAGGCUAUAAGACCAUCUCUAAACAGCUUGAAGUUUCUGUGACAACAGUGGCUCAUAUUAUUCAGAAGUUCAAGACCCACGGGACAGUAGCCAACCUCCCUGGACGUGGCCGCAAGAGGAAAAUUGAUGACAGAUUGAAGAGACAGAUCGUUCGAAUUGUAUCCAAAGAGCCCAGGACAACCUCCAAAGAAAUUAAAGGUGAACUCCAAGGCCAAGGUACAUCAGUGUCAGAUCGCACCAUUCGUCAUUGUUUGAGCCAAAGUGGACUUCAUGGGAGACGACCAAGGAGGACACCACUGCUGAAAAAAAAUCAUAAAAAAGCGAGACUGGAAUUUGCAAAAAUGCAUGUUGACAAGCCACAAAGCUUCUGGGAGAAUGUCCUUUGGACAGAUGAGACCAAACUGGAGCUUUUUGGUAAGGCACAUCAACUCUAUGUUCAUAGACUCAAAAACCAAGCAUACGAAGAAAAGAACACUGUCCCUACGGUGAAACAUGGAGGAGGCUCAGCAAUGUUUUGGGGCUGCUUUGCUGCAUCUGGCACAGGGUGUCUUGAAUGUGUGCAAGGUAAAAUGAAAUCUGACGACUAUCAAGGCAUUCUGGAGAGAAAUGUGCUGCCUAGUGUCAGAAAGCUUGGUCUCAGUCGCAGGUCAUGGGUCUUCCAACAGGACAACAAUCCAAAACACACAGCCAAAAACACCCAAGAAUGGCUGAGAGAAAAGCGUUGGACUAUUCUAAAGUGGCCUUCCAUGAGCCCAGAUCUGAAUCCCAUUGAACAUCUGUGGAAGGAGCUGAAACAUGCCAUUUGGAGAAGACACCCAUCAAACCUGAGACAACUGGAGCAGUUUGCUCAUGAGGAGUGGGCCAAAAUACCUGUUGACAGCUGCAGAACGCUCAUUGACAAAUACAGAAAUCGUUUAAUUGCAGUGAUUGCCUCAAAAGCUUGUGCAACAAAAUAUUAAGUUAUGGGUACCAUCAUUUUUGUCCAGCCCUAUUUCAUUAGUUUGUUUUUUUUAAAUAAUUAUGUUAAUCAACAUUUCAAACGUAAUGGCUGAUUUUGAUUAUUUAAUUUUCAAUAAAUUUUUAUUUAUUGUUACUUUUGUAGGUUUCAAGUGAUUUCAGUGAGAAUUGUGGGUUUUUCCUUCUUUAACUGAGGGGUACCAACAAUUUUGUCCACGUGUGUAUAACCCCUUCAGCAUCUCUACCUUAUUAGCUUGAGAAAGUUGCAAAUAUUGGCCUAAUUGUGACUAAAACAUUUUUUUUUUUUUUGUGGUAUUAUUUUUGUUGAUUGUUUCAUGACCUUGAAAACUACAAAGCUGUAGUACUUAAGUCUGCAGUUCCUCAAGUGUUUUUGAAGCCAGCCUCAAGCAAAUCCCACCAAGUCUCCAGAGCCAUCUUAAAAUGUCAGCUUUAAUAGAUUUAACUCCGCAUCAACUCCACCUCUCUGCCAGUUCCUAUAGUAGUGAGUCAGCUGAGUUUGACAUUUCCAGUACAGUGACCACCAUCUUUGGGUCAAUAACGCCUCUUCAGAAACCAGUGGGUAAUGUCACUGAGACUACAUCCGUGUUUUAUACUGUCUCUGGUACCAGCCCCCAUGUUAGGAACUAAUGCACCAGAGGCUAAGAAGACCAUAUCAGCUAUUUUUUCAGAUCAGGCUUUAAUUGAAUCUCCUUUGCAUUAUGUAAUCACUUCAUCCUGAAGUAUUUGUGCUAAGACUACUAAUGUGUUCAGCGGGGCAGCAGAGGCUCUUUCAUUGUAGAGGAUUAAUACACAUAAGGAUACAGCUGAUGCAACGCACUCAAAGUGCUCAAAAGAGCCCAUACAUACUCUCAAUUAUGUUAUCUUCUGUUAAUUAUCUCUUCAGAGUGAGCUGAAAUGUCCCAGAGAGGGAUUAUCUACAAACAGUCCUGCAGGGAACAAGAAGAAAAUGAAACAAAUUUGUACAAAAUUCAUCUUCAUAAUCCAUCACUGAUAAGUUACAGAAAUGCGAGGUCCCCUAAGGAUCCCAGCUGCCCGUGAUCCUCGCUUUGUCUCGCUCUUCUGUCUCUGUAUGAGCGUGCCUUUAAUGACUGUGUAGGAGGAUAAGAGAGGAUUCAUGGGUAGACAGUUCUUAUAUACCUUCUUUCGCAGCGAGAGGGGGGCUCUGUGAGCAGAGUAGUGAUGUGGGCGACGUCGCUCCAGCUCUGCUCCCCUGCAGCCUGUCAGAAAGACUUGUUAACGUGGGGAGAUUGUCUUUUUUUUUUUGAUGAUGUCUGAGCUCACUGGCGGGGGCCUUCUCUCUCUCCCAGAAAUUUUUUGACUGUCAGAAAGUAGGGCAAAGAAUCCGAGUCAGGGUUUUUUUUUAAGUUUUUAGACAAGACGGAGGAAUAAUGCUUCUGCAAGGGUCGACAUUGACACACUGUUGAGAAGUUUCCAGAUGUCUUGUCCAGGACUCUUUUUUUGUGUCCCAUUUCUCUCCGUCUCACCCCCGAUUUUUCUGUUUGUGUUUGUGUUUUGCGCAGAAAGGAGGAUCUGACGGGAGCUUCAAAAAGGGGAACCUCGAGGAACUGCAGGAACAGCUCAAUCGCUGCAAGAAAGACCUGCAGCAAGUCCAUGAUGAGUAAGAACACACGAGCAUCUGUGUUUGAGUAUGAGGGUUGACAUGAAGUGUGUGUGCACUUAACGAACAAUAAGCUUCUUGUUCAUUCUCCUGUGGCUUCUUCCUCAAAGGUCGUUUCAGUAUCACUUGAUUGAUGAGCUUUUUAAUGAGGAUGCAGUAUUGAUAAUGUGUGUUCAUGUGUGUUUGCGUGUGCAGACUCGCUGAGGAGCGCAUGUCCAGAGAGGUUGCAGAGUCUCGUCUGCGCCUACAGGAGGAUCAGCUGGCCGAGCUUCAGGAGGAGCUGAGGAGGGUUGAAGAAAACUCUCCUCACUCAGACUUGCUGAAGACGGUAGUUACACACACUCAACACACUUUCCCCUUUUCUGCAAAUUUACUGUCUGACCAUCUCUCUUUUAUUUCUCUGCAGGAUGUGAUGGCUCUGCAGGCCGACCUUGCCGAAGCCGCGAUGCUGCGCCAGCGCCAGGAGGAGACCCUGCGGCAGCGAGAGCGUGAGCUGACAGCCCUAAAGGGGGCGCUGAAGGAGGAGGUGGAGUGCCAUGACAAAGAGAUGGAGGCUCUGAGGGAGCAGUACACAAACGACAUGGAGGACCUGAGGAGAACGAUGGAGCAGGUCACACAGGUGGCGGGAACUAUCCUUUAAAUUUCCUGCAGCAUUACAAAAUUGUACUUUUGCUUGUGAGAUUCAGAAUGAGAUUUUUUAGAGUGCAACUACAGAGCAGCAGUUUUAUAAAGAAAAGGAUGAUUGAAUUUUCCGAAGACAAGUUUUUGACUUGUUAUGCACACAAAGAAAUGUGACGUCACCCACUGGUCUCUGACAAAGAGUUUAAAAUAGUGACCCCAGACACAGGCAAGUGGGGGCUGAAGCAGAUUUUUAGCCGCCUGGCAAACAGCUACAAAUCACUGUCUUGUCAGUCAGCCCCUAAUUAUGCAAACUAUUGUGAAAUUUUUGGCCAAAUUUCAGUGGACACCUCUGCACUGACUUUGACUUUCAACACUUGCAGCUCAGUCAUGACUCAGACUGAAAUAAAUAAAUACAAAUACUUACUUACAAAAAAAGCAAAUAAGAUCAUUUUUAUAACCGCUGCUGCAGGGGUGGAGUCAAAGUGAGAAACAACGUGCUGCAGAAACAGUCUGUAUUUACAGUUUGCAAAGACUUACACAGUGUGAAACAAAAAGACUGUUUUCAAUCAAGAAAACACUUCAUGCAUGUCUGCAUUAGCUGGUGAAGAUCUGCACAGUGUUUGUCCACAGGGGGCGCCAAAAUCAAACUCUUUUCCCCACUGCAAAAGAACUCAGUUUCACUCAUUAUUAAAUGUAUUAAAACUAAAGGACAUAAACUGUGCAUACAAGGAGGUACUUUAUCUUCUUGUAUUGCAUACAAUUUGAGUUUAAAUAACUCAAAAGACAAAGAAAAUGGGCACAUUUAAAAGCACAGGUUGUCAUGUAUGAUUGAAAACUCUGUCCUGGUUUGUUUUGGACCAGAUGAACCCAAUAAUAGACAUUCAAUAGAAUAAAAAAGUGUUGGUUUAGUUCAUCUGGUGUCUCAAUCAAAUACCUGAGUGACAGUAAACUGAACAAAAACAAAGCAGAUACUGUUCAAGAGCACUUUAAAGGAAAAGGUCAGCUGCCGCUCUGUUUUAAGACAUCCAUUUCAACACUUCAGCACAAACUGCACUCCAAAAAGUCUUAUAGACAAGUGCUUGGGAUACAAAUCAACUAGUAAAUGCUUCCCCCAGAAGACGCUUCAAUCCACUUUAUUGCUAAACGACGGUGUCGGGAUGUUGUUUCUUUUUUGGCAUUUAUUUCAUCAUCAUUUUGGCUUAAGAGCGACACGCAAGUCAGCACGUUUUAAUUUAUUGAAGGUGUUUUUUAAAACUUCUUUUACCCAUGACGGAUUCAUGACACCUUUGAUGGCCACAGCAAAACCUGCAAAGAAGCAUAAACACGACUAUUUCUACUAAAACUCGGAUAUUUUUCACAACAUCAAAGUCAGCUUAUGAAUUCUGUAGAUAGCGACGUUUUCUCUCAGAGCAAAUGUAGCUGUGAAACAGUCAGGUCCUACCUGUCAGGCGGUUUGUGCUCUCUGCAUGCUUUAUUAAGCGAUAUUAAAAUUUGCUUUGAUGUUGCUCUCGCCCUAUUAUGCACCCAGGCCUUGUCUUGUCAUUCUGUUUAAAGUGUCAGUACGCAGCGAGCCUUCAAACACAGAGUCAGGGUAUCAUCAGGUCAGGCUAAGCCCUGUGUGCACAGUCGGAAAAAGAGAGAAUACCGCUUCUUGUGAUUGCAAAACUUUUUCGCCUCUUUUGAAGAGUUCCACCGCUAUUUUUCGAGCGGCGCACUGUAGGAUGUGGUGAGGAGGAAAUUUGAAAUGUAUCGGCAGAUACAGGAAUAGAUCAUUAUGAAGGAUUUGGAAACAGAAGCAGCGGUGUCAGGGAAAAAAAAAAAAGUAUCACGCAGCCAGAGAGCAGAAGAUAAGCAGACAGGUUGGCAGCUGCGUUUGAUGUGGUGAUUUAUUUGGCGGAAGGAGGAUUAAAGUCGCUGGAUGGCUGUUUGCGAUGACUGUAUCGAGCUCUAUCUUCCCUUAUAUUUCAUGCAGCUAUUUCUCACAUAGGAGUAUUUUUUUAGAGGUUAAAAACACACGAAUGGAGGCAGAAGCUUUAAUAUCUUUCCCGUCUUUCCCCAUCUGCUGAAAGUUUGCUCGGAAAAGUGGUUAAAGUCAAAGAAAAAUCAGCUGGAUUUCGCUUCUUUUUGAUCACUGCUUGCUUGGUAAUCGCAUGUGCAGGUAGAAAAGCAGCUCACUCUCAUGACUUUUUCUGACAAAUCCUUUUGUGUGUUUGUGUUUCAGUCCCAGGAGCAGAUAGAGGAGGAGAGGGAGAGGGUGAACACCUCCAUCUUGACUCUGGAGGAAGAGCUAGAGAGCUGCAGAGACCGCGGGGAGAGUUGGAGGAAGCAGCUGGACGCAACCACAAAGGAGUUAGUGUCUACAACUCGUGUUUUUUUUUUAUCUGUUUGCAAUGUGUGAAAUAACAGAUACAAACCAUGGCCAGGUUUUAGCAGAAAUGAUAUGAUAACCCCCCCAGAGAAAAACAUAACAUUUUGCACAUAUAUGCCUGCAUUUCCUACUUUUUCUUACUUCAGAGGCUCAUCUAAACACAAAUCAUUCAUGAGCUUGAAAACACUGUGUUACUUUCAGGGUCUAGUUUCAAAGAGGUUUACAAAAAAAGCACACUGCAUAAUCACAGUGCAACGUUCAAAGACGAUAAACAUGAGGGGAAAUCGAUGUUUCCUCUCAGGAAGCCUUUGUUCCUGAGCUCACACGCUGAUCUUAACUGUUUAUGACAAUUACUUGAAAUCCAAAACACAACAAGCAGAAAAAAAAACUCAUGCAAUCACAGAAACAGGUACAGAUGCUCUUUGUUGUUCUGAAUUAUUUGCAGCUUUAACAGCCGAGGCUCAGCGAAGCAUCAAACACUUUCACAUUAAACAUUUCUGACAGAAAUUUAGAUCAAAGAUUUAAAGUACAGACUGAGAAGUUGAACUUCUGUUAACUAUAAUCUUUAUGGAUUUCCUGAAGUUGCUGUUUUUUUUUCCAGACUUGCAGUAUGACAUCUCUCUUGAGUUAUUUUUAAUGCAUGCACUCUUUCACUUGACUUUCUCAUUCAGCAGGAGCAGGAAGCGCGUCGGCAGGCGAAUGUGAGGAGGGAAAAAAUCAAUCUCUCUGUGUUUUGGUUUGAGUAGCUUUAGAUUACUUUCAAAUCAGCAGCUCUGAAAACUUCAGAUACUUUCUGUGAAAUUCACUCCGAGAGCUGAAACGUCAGAGUGGAUUUCGGAUCUGAUGACAUCUGUUUUGAUCAUUAGAUCUGUGAACUCUCGCUUACAGAAAUCUAGCAAAUAUGACCCCGAUCAUGUCACUCCUUCAAACCAAUCAACCCCAUAAAAAAACAACUUGAUUUGACUGAUUUUGUUUUGUCCCUUUUUCACAAUCAUCCACUACUUUUAACUUUUUGUAUGAAAUUGUGAUUUUAAAUACAUUUGAAGCUAUAACCCUUCAGUGAGAGUUCUUCUUGCUGAACAGCAAACAGAUUCUGUUGAUUUUUUUAUGGUUUAGACUUUUAGUUUGACUCCCUUGUGCUUUGUUUUUUGUUAGUGCUAUCUCUAGUGUGUUGUUACAGCCUUGCAGUGUGUGUUUUCUGUGUUUGCACGGAGCCUCUGUCACCAUUGUGUCUUCUUUAACAUCUCCUCUUUUUCUGCAGGCUGCUGAAAUCCCGUCAGGAGAAAGAAAAUAUUGAGGGGGAGCUGAAGGAUCUGCAGGAUUCACUCCUCAGCAUGAAGAAACAAAUGCCUGCAUCUGAUGAUAACGGCUCUUUAGCCGAGGUAAUUCACAUGUCAGGCGGAGGGGAGAUUAAGCCGGCUGUGUGGGUGGUGUGCAGGAGCUCAUCUCCUCCUUUUACAGUGUUCUGUGUUUCCAAAGCUGAUGUGUUUUUCCAGUAAUUUCAUUCAGUUUUUCCUCCAAACACACACACACACACAAUUUCACACUCACGCGCCCCAUACUCCUGUCAAGGCAUUGUUAUUCACCCUCACACAUUCCUCUUACUCACACGCUCACAUUAUUCAUCUCUGAUUGCUUAUCCCAAGGAGCUCCGGCGUUGCCAUGAUGAUCUGAAGAGGGCUCGCACCGAUCUGGACGAACAAAAGAGCCAGUUAGACGAGGAGAGGGAGGCACUCAAAGCCCUGAAGAGACCGAGCGCGGAGAAAGAGGGCGAGCUGCUGUCUGAGAUCAGCAAGUUGAAGGAGCGGUCGCAGAGAGACAAAGACGAGCUGGAAAAGGCCCUCGAGAAGGCAAAGGAGGUGAGGAACCAUCUCCAAUCUGUAGAAAAGCAGUUUUAUACUGUAAAUUACAGAAAACAUCCAAGUCAUAUUUCAAAUGGAAAUAAUCGACAAUACAAUAGAAUAAUAAUUAUCGUCAUCAUUUUAAAGUCUAUUUAACUCUCUUAGAGAAAAUGCACAUUGACAGAAAAACAUAAAACUCAAUCUUGAGAUAUAAGUUGUGUUUAUUGUGAUUUAGUCAUAACUUUAAAGGGAUAUUCCGGCGUAAAAUUAAUUUAGGGUCAAACACACUGUAACACCGAGUUAGACACCUCCUUAAGAGAUGAAUAUUGCCGAUCACUUGCUUCUCUCGUUACACCACCUUUAGGAAAGACCGCAUGCUAGCAAUACACAGCAGUCUGAGGAGCCAUCAACAAACCUCAACCAAAAAGCCACUCUAUAGCCACAAAUAAUGCUCAGAACAGCACCUAACUUCAUCAACUGUACAUAAAGGGUCCCAGCUACAGUACUAGCCACCAAACAUCUUUUUAACUUUGCCUAAUUUCUUUAGCAAAGAGACUAAACACAACUCACCUACUCUCUUCCAGCAGCCUUUUUGUAGCGAGACCUCAGGCCAGUCCAUUAUGGACUACAGCGGGGUGACACAGCUCAAGGAAGAACAUUAUCCCUUAAAGAACAUAUCCCUUUAAUGUGUGCUGUUUUGUCCCUUUACGAGGUUAGGCCACUGCAGAAUUGAAAAGCUCUUCUCUCUUUAAAAAAACUCCCACUGACACAAUUGGCAAGUCGAAAGUAACAUGCACUUUGUGUCGUGUAGAAUCAGAAUAUCAAUUUUGAGUUUAAGCUGCAAGUUUAAGCAACCACCUACAAUCUAUGCGUACAUGUGCAGCUUCUCAAGCUAAUGUCUGCAGAAAGCUGGAUGACAAAAGCUGGCAGAGCACAACGUAGGAGUGUGAAAGUCAUCACAGAGCUGUGGAUGAAACACGCUGAAACUGUCUAAGUCAUGGUUGUAGAUCUCACUGGUGUAUCAGGGCUGCAUUUAUUUGAGUAAUAAAUCUAGAAGUCAAAACCGUAAAGUAGAAACAGAAAUCCAGAGAGAAAGGUACACUUUGUAAAAUGUUGAGAAAAAUGGAUUUUGAUAGUUUGCUGUUUAUUUACACCCUAUAAUGAACUGAAACUGAAAAUUUUAUUAUUCUAUGGAAAAUACAAAAUGCUCAUUUCAGAUUUCAUCACAGAAACACAUUAUAAAUUGGUUUGGCUGUGACAAAUGUUUUUAAAUGGUGACAAAUCAGGACUGCAGGGAGGCCAGUUCAGCACCUGAACUCUUGAAGUCAUGCCGCUGUUGUAGUAUGUGCAGAAUGUGGUUUGGUCUCCCUGAAACAGGAGCUGUCUGGAUGGGAGUAGAUGUUGCUCUAAAACUUGUGUAUACGCUCCGGCAUUAACUCUGCCUCCUCAGAUGUGUAAGCGUGCCCUGGGCCCUUCUGCAUCUCUGUACCCUCACAGGUGUUUGCUUUUGAACUGUGCUCUGAUAACAAGCCAGGUGGUUUUUAGAAGGGGGGACACUGUGUCAAUGAUUUCCAACAGAAUGUCAGAGUUGGAUUUGUCUGAAUAUAGGACAGUUUUUCGCUUGGCUUCAGUCCCUUUUUAAAAGAGAAUUUCCAGUAUUUACUCUGGAUCAUGUUUAUUUAUGGUUUCCUCUACACUUUUAAUCUGCAUCUGUGGAUUCAACAACAAACUGUGUUCACAGUCAGGGGUUUUUGGAAUAUUUUUCUGAUUUCUACUUCAUGUAUCACAAAAAAACAACAUGUCUAACAAUCUGAAGAUCACUGUCAUCCAGAAUGAGUUUCAGCCUCGGGCCAAAAACAAGUACUUCAGCCUUCAGCCUCACUCUGAAGGCCUUUAUUCUGAAAAUGUUGAACUACUUGCUCACGCAGUCUCUCACAAGAGGGUUGAACCUCUGACGAUGUUUACACCUCAGAGACUCAGCCUCUCUCAAAUGUCUUUGUUAAUCCCCCUGUCAUGUUAGUAACCCGUUACAAAUUAACCAGAUUAGUUGAUGGAUGUUUUUUCUAGGGUUUCUGUCACAUUGCACAACUUUUUCAAUGUUUCACUCUUUUACUCUCCUAACGUUUUUAAAAGGUUUUGUUUGCAGUUAACUGAAAAUGAGCACUUGUUUUUCAUAGAUCAGUACAAGUUUUCAGUUUCACCUUUUAUAAGUUGUCUUUAAAAUACUUUAAUUUGGGAAUAUAGGAUACAAAUGAAAAAUCUAGAUCAGUUUUUAUCUACAUAUAUCAACUUUUAAAGAAAUGUUGUAUGUUUUUUUGCAUUUAUUGAUCCACAAAUUAAGACACUGGUGAGAACUACCUAAUAUAAACUGAAAAAUAGUAUUUUAAACAUGUGACACUACAAUGUAGGGUUCAUUUACUUCACUAUCUUUUGUUUUAUUGCAGUUUCCUACCGUCUUAAAUCAAAACACCUUUCUCUUAUGUGCCCCUUUUUUUCAAACAGAGUCAAAUAACAAAUUCUCAGACAGUUCACUUGUCUUCUUUUUCUCUACAGGCCUCAGUUUCCUCUUCAGGAAAAACUGUGGUUGACGGCACCAAUGCGGAGCUCCAGGAAGCAAACAAUCGCCUGAGAGAACGGCUGGCUCGCAUGGUACUGCAUCAUAACAAGACACACAGCUCCACACACACACACACACACACACACACACACACACACACACACACACACACACACACACACACACACACACACACACACACACACACAUAUAUACGCUAAAUGAUAAAAACAGAAUACUGUACCAGAACAAAAGAAAGAGCCUCCCACACAGACUCUAUUUUCAACCCCAAGAUAUGAAUUAAAUCAAAUCCAAAGAAAAUUUCGAACAUGUAAGCACAGAAAAUAAUCCCUGAGAGUUAAAUUUAUGCUGCUCAUUUUGUUCCAUGUGCGUUGGAAGAGUGGCAUAGUACAGGAGGUUUAAGGACUGUAAUCUUAUUGUCAAUACAAAGUAAGAGCAUACAUAAGUAGGGGCAGAGCUAGUAAAAAUAAACCUCUGCAAGGCCACAGGGUAAAAAUAGUUUACAAUAAGAAAAUCGUGAAAGACUGUGAAAAUGUUGGCUGAAUAUUCUCCACGACUUAACAUGGCCAUAAAGGAGUCAAACCACAAAAAAUGACACUCUCCUUCAGCUUGUCAGUGACGAAAAGUGUUUCCUCAAUCUCCAGACGAGGCUUCACUCCAGCGCAGCCCGCAGCUCAGACACCGAGGAGGCGGUGGAAGCUCUAGAGGACGAGAACCGCUCCCUGAAGUCCCAGCUGGAGGAAGCCAAGAGAGGAGCCAGCCGCCUGACUAAAGAGAGGGAUGAGCUGAGCCGGCGGCUGGAGGAGAGAGACCUGGAAAGGGACGCGCUCAGGAGGGGGAAGAGUGACCUGGAGGAGCAGAAGAGGCUGCUGGACCGAGCGCUGGAGAAGAUCAACAAAGAGGUGUGUGUUUAAUUUUGAGGGAUGUAUCUGCUGAGUUGUGGUGUUAGUUUGACACACAAUCAUCUCUCCUUCUGUUAGAUGGAGGUGAUGAUGGGAGAUUCUCGUCAGUGUGUGGCCACCCUGCAAACACAGCUCGACGACUACAGGGAGCGCUCGAGGAAGGACCUGCUGGAAGCUCAGAGGAACAGCAAGGACAGACUGUCUGAGCUGCAGAGAGCUCAGAGCAACCUCAAGGCCCAGCAGGAGGAGGUGAGGGCUGAUAGGGUAAAAAUAGAAAGGAUAAGUGUGGGGAGGAAAGCUGCAAGUGUGGCACAAAAUCUGAAAAUUAAUGAGAAGUGAAAUGAAAUAUUAAAAACAUCAGCUACUGUUUUAGGAUGAGGUUUGGUCUAAUAGUAGAGCAUCCCCAAAAAGUGCAAAACAUGCAGUCUGUGAGCAAAAAUCGAUGCACUCAGGUGCUCUGUAUUCUGUUUUUAAGGUUUCUCGUCUGAAGAAGGACCUGCUGGUCUGCAGCGAGGAGAGAGACAGCGCGCAGUUGGAGAGAGACCUCCUCAACAACCGUCUCAAACACUUGGAGAGCGAGCUCGAGUCAGAGAAGAGCACCUACACCGACCGCACCAGAGAGAUCAGAGGCCUGGAGGUGAGGCUGUGAGGUCAAAGGUCAUGAGGAGGGGGAUCUAAAGUUGGCUUGAAGUAUAUCAGGGAUACGAUGAUGUGUCAGCAGAAGAUGAUCAGUAUUUUAAGAAUGUUUGGGGUUGGUGGUUUAGGUAGAUUUGAACGACUAAAUCAAUAUGUCUGAGCUUUUAUUCUUGUAUUUAAAGGAAUAAUCUGACGUAAAAUUAAUUUAGGAUCAAACACACCGUAACACAAGUUGAUAUAACUAGAGAAGCAAGCGGUCUGCUACAUUCAUCUCUCGAGGAGGGUGUCUAACUCAGUGUUUGUUUGUGCUCAAAGGAUAAAAUAAAGACACUUGAGAUCGAGCUGGAUGAAGAGAGGAGCAGCGUGGAGCUUCUGAACGACCGGAUCACACGGAGCAGAGAUCAGGUGCUUCAUUCAGAUUUUGCAGAUCCAUUCAAAUAAGCAGAAGUCAUUUCUAUGUAACAGUAAAUCUGACGACAAUAAUCUGACUCUGUAUUUGUCUUCUUCACCUGUCAGGUGGACCAGCUCCGGUCUGAGCUGAUGCAGGAACGAUCAGCAAGACAUGACCUGGAAAUGGACAAAAGCGCACUUGAGAGACAGGUACUGUUGACUCAUUUACUGCCUGAACUUUUGAAAAAGCACAAAAUUACAACCACUCAGUCUGUACAGUCACCUUUACUUAACAGGAUUUUUGGUUAAAUUUGUGAAAUUAUCUCACGCCUUCCCCAGAUGAAAGAGCUGAGGUCUCGAGUGGCAGACUUGGAGGGACAGACUCGGCCUUCAGCCGGAGCGACGACGCUGCUGGAAAACAAAAUCAAAGAGCUGGAAGAAAGACUACACAGUGAAGAAAGGUACGGCUACACCUGAAAGGACCACACCGUCAAUCAUCCUCAAAAUUCACCUUGAAAUUGUAACAUACCCCCGACAUAUGUUGCAUUUACUUCAUACAGAGAGAAGGCCAGCAUCCAGGCAUCCCAGCGACGGACGGAGAGGAAACUGAAAGAGCUAAACGCCACGUUAGACCAGGAGAGAACCCAGCAUAUCGAGCAGAAAGAUCAGGUAAACUCCCAGAUUAGCAGUCAAAUUGUUUCUAGAGUAAAAUUAGUUAGGACUGUUAAAGGUGUACACAGCUAGCAUGUAUCUGUCCAAAGGUAACAAAAUUGUUCACCAGCACCGUCUAAGCUCACUGACCAAUAUACUCUAUUUCUCAUAUUCAUUCAUAUGUGCAAGACAAACUGUUUCCCCAUAUUUCUCAUAAUUUAUCUGUGUUUAACUGACUGUUGACUGUUACUCGAUAUUACUCUUGUCUAGAAGGGAAAUAAGUAAAUUUUCAGAACUACUAUUCUCGUGCUAGCUUAAAAAAUGUGAUUUCUUACUUUCCUGUAGUAAGCUUAAGUUUCCAGACUAUGUUUGUAUAAUUUUACUGACUUUCAGACAGAAUUAUAGACAAAAUUUUUGACCUGCAUGAAGCUUUAAAAGUGCUAAAUUGCUUUUUAUAACCAAAAGUCUCAUCUGUACUGCCCAACCCUUUCCCACUCGGCCACCAGAUUGCUCCCUGACCUCCCCCUCCUCCCCCUAUCAUCUUUCUGCUGCCUCAACCUUUUUGUACGUAGCCUUAGCAGCUCACCUACAAACCCACACACUUGUAGAACCUCCUCGCUCUCCUCGUUUCGUGCCCUACCUCCCCUCCUUGUGGUCUACGUCUUCACCUGUGUGACCUCCCGUCUUCCCCUCUAACCCCCUGCCUCUCCCUGUCUCCGUCCCCAGCUGUCUCUGCGUGUGAAGGCCUUGAAGCGGCAGGUGGACGAGAGCGAGGGAGAGGUGGAGCGCUUGGAGGGGGUGCGUCGGAAGGUUCUCAGGGACCUGGAGGAGCAGCAGGAACUCCAGGAGGCACUGCACGCCAAAGUGACAGCGCUGGAGACUGAACUAAAGUAAGACUUAGAGUCGUGCAGUGGCAAUUUUCUUUUGACUCAGGGGCGGAGAGCGAAAUGCUGUUUUUAACGUCCUGUUGCAUAAUUCUUGGUUUUCAAGCUGCAUCACUGCAGGUGACAUGACAAACCUUGACACUUAUUGGCUGUUGUUACCGUAGGAGAAGUAAUAAGCAGCUAAAAUUACGUUUAUAUGGGACAUUUGAAAGACUUGCAACCUGAGCCACAGCAGUGUUAAAGGGAUAUUCUGGCGUAAUGUUGAUUUAGGGUCAAACACAUCAUAACACCAAGUUAGACACCCCCUCAAGAGAUGAAUGUUGCCAACCGCUUGCUUCUCUAGUUACACUAACUUUAGUAACAACCGCACAAUAGCAAUACACAGCAGUCUAUGGAACCACACACAAACUUCAACCAAAACGCCACUCUAUAGCCACAAAUAAUGCUCAGAACAGCACCUCACUUCAUCAACAGUACACUUCAUCUUCAGCAAAGAGACUAAACACAACUCACCUACUCUCUUCCAACAGCUGCUUGUUUGUAGUGAGACCUCAGGCCAGUCCAUUACGGACUGCAGUGGGGAGACGCACCUCAAGGAAGAACAUUUAUGAUCUUUUCUUCAUGAAAAUACAAUCAGACUGAGAUGCUAAUGCAGAAGAACUACCGUGUCUGCAGUGUAAAAUGAUUUAUAUGAUCAUUAUUACUUACUUAAUAAUAAAAAAAUGAUCAGAAAUGUUCUUCCUUGAGCUGCGUCACCCCGCUGUAGUCCGUAAUGGAUUGGCCCGAGCACUCGCCACAAACAAGCGUUUGCUGGAAGAGAGUGGGUGAGUUGUUUUUAGUCUCUUUGCUAAAAAAAUCAGGCAAAGUUAAAAAGAUGUUUGGUGGCUAGUACUAUGGCUCGGACCCUAUAUGUACUGUUGAUGAAGUUAGGUGCUGUUCUAAACAUUAUUUGUGGCUAUAGAGUGGCUUUUUGGUUGAGGUUUGUUUAUGGCUCCUCAGACCGCUUUGUAUUGCUAUCUUGUGGUUGUUACUAAAGUUGGUAUAUCUAGAGAAGCAAGUGAUCUGCAACAAUCAUCUCUCAAGGGUGUGUCUAACUCGGUGUUACGGUGUGUUUGACCCUAAAUUAAUUUUAUGCCGCAAUAUCCCUUUAAUAAACAAUACCUCAGAAUAUAGAUCAAAAUUAAUAGUUAUUGACAUAAGGAGUUAAAUGAUGGUUCCUACACUGCUACUGGGUGCUGACUGAGGGGAUAUUGCUGUUUUGAUUCUACAGCUGUGAACAGCUCUCAGCACAGCUGUUUAUAUUUGUUUUUUUUUUUUGUUUGUUUGUUUGUUUUUUUAAAUGUAGAAAUCUAGUGUUUUUUCACAGCACUUUAGCAUCCAACCCUGAGCAUGACAUUUGAGGAAAAUCCCCCAAAUGCAUAAAAAUAUAAAACAAAGUCCAAAAAGUCUGUUUAUCUUUGACUCCUGUAUUUUCCCUGCCAACAUCAUUUAUCUUUUUGACACUAGGUGGCACUCUAUAAUAACAAGCUGGACACGUGUUGUAAAGGAGUGUUGAAAAGUCGAACUGAUUCAGUGUUUUUGUGAUUGUUUGUUUUAUCUCAGGAGAAAGUCACAGCACCAGACACACCGUUCAGCUCUGGGCUCCUCCACUUUGAGCUCCGAGGAGGAGGACGGCUUCUAUGACACCAACAUCACCUCUAUCCUGAACGAGGGCCACCUACAGACAACCAACUGCUGA